AUGGCCAACUGGUCGGCAGCAUGCGGGCACUGCACGAAGAGGGAGGUGGUGCAUUGCUGCGGCGUCUGCACCUUUGACAGGGAGCGCUGCAACUCGCUGUACCCCCGCCAGGACAAGCCCAAGGCUGUGGCCGACCUACUGAUGCGCAGCGGCUUUGCGGCCUUCACGCCCUGCGAACUAUUCCAGCGCAUCCGAGGCCGAACGAUGUGGUUUAUGGGCGACAGCCAGACCUGGGCCUUUUACUACGCGGCAGAGUGCUUCUUGCGAGAGUUUGCGCCCUCGCUGCGCCGCACACCCGCUGUGGCACCAGAGGAGAAUCAGCAGCUGAAAAUUGUGUCGCAUAUCAGCCCUCCUCUGUGUCUCAACCUGGCUCGCAACACACGUGUGUGUGGCGUGCGAGUGGACUAUGCAUCUGAUGUGCAGAAGAAGGUGUUGCCGCGUUUGAUGAAGCUGGUGCCAAACUUCAAGGAAGACAUCGUCGUGUUGAACACAGGAUUGCACUAUCCUGAAUACGACCAUCCAGAGACGCCCAGCCCGCGAUAUGUGCAGGAGCUGACUGCGCUGGCGGAGUGGCGACAGUUGCAUGCCGACUUCCUGCCCCGCAUCGUCUGGAUGGAUACUGGGCCUCAGCACUUCUUUACUCACGAGGGCACGUUUCCCGGGCAUGGCAAGCGGCCUUUCAAGUGCCGACCCCUGGAUGCCUGGUACAAGGGAGACCCUGUGGUAGGGGCAGGCACGCGGCGGGCCAUGGCGGUGGCGCCCAUCGUGUCGCGCCUGGCGGAUGCCCACCUGCAAAUUUACAACGCCACCGUGCCGCUCUGGGACAGCCACCUGCCCGGGGAGUGCAGCCACUGGUGCCAGCCGUCGGCCUACCAGCUCUGGUUGUACCUGCUCAAUGACGUGCUGCGGGACAGCGAGCUGGGCAACGCGGUGCGAAUGCCAGGCAGCCCAGCCGGUGACAGUCGAAGGUGA